AUGGAGGGGUUCAACCAUUCUAGAGUGUCUGAAUUUGUGUUACUUGGACUUACUGAUUCUCCGGAGCUCCAGAUAUUUUUGUGUGUGACAUUUUCCAUUUUCUAUUUAGUAACGAUGUUGGGCAACUUACUGAUUUUUCUCACAGUCCUAUCCACCCCACACCUGCACUCCCCCAUGUAUUUCCUUCUCAGCAAUCUGUCUCUCAUUGACAUGUGCCUAUCCUCCUUUGCCACUCCAAAGAUGAUCAUGGACUUCUUUGUUCAGCGUAAGACCAUCUCCUUUGAGGGCUGCAUUUCUCAGAUCUUCUUUUUGCACCUUUUCACUGGGACUGAGAUUGUGCUGCUGAUCUCCAUGUCUUUUGACAGGUACAUUGCCAUAUGCAAACCUCUCCACUAUUCAACAAUUAUGAGCCAAAAAGUGUGUGUUGGGCUUGUGGUAACUUCUUGGACAGUGGGCUUCCUGCAUACAACUAGCCAGUUAGCUUUUACCCUUUAUCUACCUUUCUGUGGCCCCAAUGUUGUAGACAGUUUCUUCUGUGACCUACCUUUGGUCAUCCAGCUGGCUUGUAUAGACAUAUAUGUUCUUGGAAUCUUCAUGAUCUCAACCAGCGGUGCGAUUGCUCUUAUAAGUUUUCUACUUUUGCUCACCUCCUACAUCAUUGUUCUUGCUACUAUCAGAGACCACUCCUCUACAGGAUCAUCUAAGGCUUUUUCUACCUGCACUGCACAUUUCAUAGUUGUGGUAAUGUUCUUUGGGCCCUGCAGCUUCAUUUAUGUGUGGCCUUUCACAAACUUUCUGGUGGACAAAGUUCUCUCUGUUUUCUACACCAUCUUCACCCCUUUUCUGAAUCCACUUAUAUAUACUUUGAGAAACCUGGAAGUGAAGACAGCUGUGAAGAAGAAACUAAGCAACCAAUAUUUGAAUCUUAGGAAAACUAGUCCAAGAUACCCAGUGCAGUGA